AUGAGGGGAGAGCCGGACUCAGCCUUCCCUGAAUCAAGAAAAGGCCUUGAUGCCGCCGAUGCUGGGAGCGGAGUGAAGAUGUGGGAAGGAGCCGUGCAGAAGAGCCUGGGAGACGACGACGUCCUCCCUCCCGAUGUGCAUCGCCAGCACUUCAGGCACUUCAGCAACCAGGAGGCCGAGGGCCCCCGAGAGGUCUGCAGCCGACUUCACCAUCUUUGCCGCCAGUGGCUGAAGCCGGAAAGGUAUACAGAGCUAACAGGCGAUGGCAUAAAGCUAAUGAUACCUUCCUUGCCAUCUCUUUGUGGUGGAGAAAAAGCGGCUUUCGUGCAGCCAGAUCAGAGCUUUGCUCAGAAUUCAAACCAUACUACCCAUCAGCAUAUCCAGACUGGGGAGAAACCUUAUAAAUGCUUGGAGUGUGGAAAGAGCUUUGCUUCAAGUUCAGCCCUUAUUAAACAUCAGCGUAUCCACACUGGGGAGAAACCUUAUAAAUGCUUGGAGUGUGGAAAGAGCUUUGUUCAGGGUUCACAGCUUACUAUCCAUCAGCGUAUCCACACUGGGGAGAAACCUUAUAAAUGCUUGGAGUGUGGAAAGAGCUUUGCUUCAAGUUCAAGCCUUGCUAAACAUCAGCGUAUCCACACUGGGGAGAAACCUUACAAAUGCUUGGAGUGUGGAAAGAGCUUUAGCUCUGCUGGGAGUUCAAACCUUACUAUCCAUCAGCGUAUCCACACUGGGGAGAAACCUUACAAAUGCCUGGAAUGUGGAAAGAGCUUUGUUCAGAGUUCCCAUCUUACUACCCAUCAGCAUAUCCACACUGGGGAGAAACCUUAUAAAUGCUUGGAGUGUGGAAAGAGCUUUGCUUCAAGUUCAGGCCUUGCUAAACAUCAGCGUAUCCACACUGGGGAGAAACCUUAUAAAUGCUUGGAGUGUGGAAAGAGAUUUGUUCAGGGUUCACAGCUUACUAGACAUCAGCGUAUCCACACUGGAGAGAAACCUUAUAAAUGCUUGGAGUGUGGAAAGAGCUUUGCUCAGAGUUCACAGCUUACUAUCCAUCAGCGUAUGCACACUGGAGAGAAACCUUAUAAAUGCUUGGAGUGUGAAAAGAGCUUUACUCGGAGUUCAAACCUUACUAUCCAUCAGCAUAUCCACACUGCGGAGAAACCUUACAAAUUCUUGGAGUUCUGA